AUGGUGCUGUCAGAAAAAGUGAACCAGCUGAUGGAGUGGACCAGCAAGAGAUCCGUGAUCCGAAUGAACGGAGACAAAUUCCGGCGCCUGGUGAAGGCCCCUCCCAGGAACUACUCAGUGAUUGUGAUGUUCACUGCCCUGCAGCCCCACAGGCAGUGUGUUGUGUGCAAGCAAGCUGAUGAGGAGUACCAGAUUCUGGCAAACUCCUGGAGGUAUUCCAGUGCAUUCACCAACAGGAUUUUUUUUGCUAUGGUAGAUUUUGAUGAAGGCUCAGACGUCUUUCAGAUGCUGAACAUGAACUCUGCCCCCACUUUCAUCAACUUCCCUGCCAAGGGGAAGCCCAAGCGCGGGGACACCUACGAGCUGCAGGUGCGCGGCUUCGCGGCGNUGUGCUUCAGGUCCCUCCCAAGCCAAAGCAGCCUGGCAUCUCUGAUCAUCAGACACCAGCAUGAGCCGAAAAUAAUUGCACUGUCCUCUGCUCAGAUCCGUGUGAUCAGGCCCCCAAACUAUGCUGGACCCUUGAUGCUGGGGCUGCUGCUGGCUGUCAUUGGAGGCCUCGUGUAUUUGCGGGGCAGCAAUCUGGAUUUUCUCUACAACAAAACUGGCUGGGCCUUUGCUGCUCUGUGUUUUGUGUUAGCAAUGACAUCAGGCCAGAUGUGGAACCACAUCAGAGGGCCCCCCUAUGCUCAUAAGAAUCCCCAUACAGGACAAGUGAAUUAUAUCCAUGGAAGCAGCCAAGCCCAGUUUGUGGCAGAAACACACAUAGUUCUGCUCUUCAAUGGUGGAGUUACUUUAGGAAUGGUCCUUCUCCAUGAAGCUGCUACUUCUGACAUGGAUGUGGGGAAAAGAAAAAUCAUGUGCAUUGCUGGCAUUGGCUUGGUGGUGCUGUUCUUCAGCUGGCUGCUGUCUGUCUUCAGGUCCAAGUACCAUGGCUACCCCUACAGUUUCCUAAUGAGCUAAAGGAUUCCAGUCUGUAACACCAGGAAGGUGCUGGCUCUGAACUUGGCUGUGGUGGAAUGAGGAGCUCAACGUGUGUGGUUUGUGCUACCUCUGCUGACACUGAGACAGUGAAACACUGAACCAAAGACAAUGUAGUGCCUUAAACACAGCAAGCAGUUUGCUCUGAAGGACACAGAGAGUUAAGAUGCAAUCUCUCUUUCAUAAGCUUUACAUCUUAAGCAGCUCUGCUUCUAGCAAAGAUCAGAACAUAAUGCUUAAAACUACAUUUCCAUGGACUAACUAGAAAUGGUACUUUGAAUUCACUUGGAUAAUCUGUUUACCAUGGGGUUUUCUUUCCCUUGAAUUAUCCCCUUAUUUCCUGUGUGUGCAUAGCAGGUGACAGCAGCUUCUCUGUCAUGCCUUUUCAUGGUUGAGGAAACAGCUUCAUGUACCUGGAAAUCUUUUCCUUCAGCCUGUGUGCAACCCUUGGAGCAUGCUCCAGGUUCCAGUGUGGAAUUGCAAGUCCUAGAGCUGUGUCUCAUUUUUGAGAAGAGUUCUCAACUGCUGUAUGAUGCAAGAGGCUGUUUCACAGAUGAAGGAGGAGUUUUCAACAUGUUGAACAGUUAUUCGUUAGUUAAAUUUUUCUUUGCCAAAUGCUGAAACUGCAAUGUUUUAAGUUGUAAACUUUACUCAAAGCUGGAAAAGAAAUUCUUAGACUGGCCAACACACACUCUUACAAACAUGAACUAAAAGUACAAAUGUAACUAUCUGUGUGUUGCAUGAAUUCAAAGUUGCUAAUUCAGGUUACUGCCUAGAGCCCUGGCAAACCAGCACAUGCCAGAUUUCUGGUCACUAUAUAAGUUCUUGCAUUCUCCACUUGUUUUCUCCACAUUUUUAUCCUUUGGGCAGAGAUGUUUGCUCCUGGGAUAAAUGUUGUUACCCCAGGACACACUUGAUAGCCUUACAACUGAAUGCAUGUGCUGCUUGCUCUCCCCUUGUGUUCUCUCACCUCACAAAGAUACUUUGCCUUAAGAAUUCUUGAGUGGAAGACCUUGUGCCUCAGCAAGAGCUGUUGUGCAAUUCAGCAGUUGUACUACAGGAAAUCCUUGCAGCCUGAUUCAGCAACACUUCCUUCCGUAGGCUCUGCUGCCCUUAGAGGUUCAGAGGCAGAGAGAGACUUUUGUCUCCUGCUUCUGCCUCUCCUCUCAAGGGGUCACAGAAUCUGCAUGUUUGAAAUUGAAUCUCAGAAGGGAUUGUAUCACUCCAAGCAAAAGGUUAUUCUUAUGCAGUUUUGCUGAAUUAAUACACAUCUCAAGUGCCUUAACAUUGCUAAUUUUGUUGUUUGAUGUUUCAACUGUUGAGAUGCAUUUUUUAUGCCAUACAGAACGAUGAGCCUUAGAGGAACGGAUAAAUUGUGUGCCUGACUGGAUUUUGGACAAGUUUCAAUAAAACUUUUUAGUCUAA